AUGCUGGUCAUAUAUAUUUGUCAGGAAACGUUAUACAAACUGUUGUCUCAUCCCGAUAACUCCCCCAGGCUUACUCGUCGCUUCAGCCUGGAGGGUGUAAAUAAAACCCUUCUUACUUUUCCCUCCGAAGCACCGAGUGAUCGACCAUUCACACCAACUAUUUCUGUCCUCGAUGUUUACGACAUAGCUGCCUCAAUCGGUAAAGAAUUUGAGACUAUCAUCGGUAAAUAUGGACCGUACUCAGUAUCCAACCUAAUGCCUAAAGUAAUCAGUGUCCUUGAAGAGUUGGAAGAUUUCGCAACAAAGUUUGAGUCGGAAGGAAGAGAGAUUGUUACCCUCCAAACAGCUGUACAUCGAUUAGAACUUGAGAAAUUAGAACGUAAAGAAGAUCAAAACAGGCAUAAAAAGGAAUUGGAACAAAUUGAAGAGAUAUGGCAUUCUGAAGUGCAAGAACUUUCUCAAUUAAUUGAAAAAUUAAAAGAAGAAAAUAAACAACUUAAAAAUGCCAUUGAAGAUAGUGAAGCAUCGAAUAAUCAAUCAACGAUUCCAACUAAUUUUACAACUGCCUCAAUCGGUAAAGAAUUUGAGACUAUCAUCGGUAAAUAUGGACCGUACUCAGUAUCCAACCUAAUGCCUAAAGUAAUCAGUGUCCUUGAAGAGUUGGAAGAUUUCGCAACAAAGUUUGAGUCGGAAGGAAGAGAGAUUGUUACCCUUCAAACAGCUGUACAUCGAUUAGAACUUGAGAAAUUAGAACGUAAAGAAGAUCAAAACAGGCAUAAAAAGGAAUUGGAACAAAUUGAAGAGAUAUGGCAUUCUGAAGUGCAAGAACUUUCUCAAUUAAUUGAAAAAUUAAAAGAAGAAAAUAAACAACUUAAAAAUGCCAUUGAAGAUAGUGAAGCAUCGAAUAAUCAAUCAUCAAUUCCAACUAAUUUUACAAAUUCUACAAAUAUCGAAGAAAUACAACUUAUGAUACGCUUAAAAGAAAUUAUAGAUCAUCAAAAAAUACAAAUUCGUUCAUUACGUCAACAGCUAGCUCAAAAACAUGUUGAUUUGGAUGCGAUGCAACAACAAGCUACACGUUUAGCCAAGUUGAAUGCAACUCUACGUCGUAAACAUGUUGUUAGUAAACAACAAGCAGAUCAAUUACGUGAAGAGAAGUUAAAUUUAGAGACACAAUUAAAUACAAAAGAUCAACAAAUUAAACAAAUGCAAGAACAUAUUCAUCAUAGUAAUAAUAAUAAUAAUAAUAAUAACAAUCGUAAUACUAAUGACAAUAAUACUGAAUCAUCUAUUUGUACUGAUAUGUCAAAAUCUUUAAUUGCUGAAUUGAUAUCACCAGAGACUCCGCCUCCACAAUUAACAGAGGAACAAUUAGUUGAACGACUUAACGCUGAAGGUAAAAUGAUUAUUGAUCGUCAUGAUCCAAAUCGUCCACGUUUCACCCUGCAAGAACUACGAAAUGUAUUAAUCGAACGGAAUGAAUUAAAAUCACGUUUAAUUGAAGUUGAAGAAGAAUUAUCAGUUUAUAAAAGAGCUGGAAAAUCUACACCUCACAGUGUUAGACGUUGGGAUGAAGAUCCUCCUGUACAAGGUCCUAUUAAUCGUGAACCAGAUGAAAAACUUUAUGGUACUUCUAGACCGAAUUUAGGCGUCAAAAAAUUUUUUGAAAGUCUUCUAUCGAAAUUAAAUCGAUAACUUCACCUGAAAUUCCAUAUAUUUAUUCAGAAUGUUAUACGUUUAUGAAUGAUAAUCUAUUUUGAUGCUACUGACGGUAACAAUGUAAAACAACCUCCCAGAUUCUUCUUCCCCAAAAAACCACCCCGAUUGAAAAGAAGAAACUUUCUAAUAUUGAUCAUCUUUUUGCAGUUUAUGUUCUUGUUUUUUUUUUCAUCCCCAAUAUACAAUAAAGUAUUUCAUGAUUAUUGCAUUUAUAUUACUUUCUACUAUUAUCAUUACUACUACUACUACUACUAGCUAC